AUGGACAGCGAGAUCCCCCUCCCACCGCCGCGGCGAAUCCGGCACCGCUCACCCGCCCCGAACCACUCGGCAGGCACGGCGUUCUCCUUCCAGCGCGCGCAGCGACUGUCGCGCUUCGAUGACCGUUCCAGUCAGCCAUCCAGUGAUCCUGCGCUCUUCUCUAGUGACGAUAUCCCGGCUUCUGGGCUGGAAAAUUACCAUGCGACGGUGUCGGGCGCAGGUCGCAAACGGCGGUAUAGGGGGACCUGGUGGGGGGAACAGGUGAUAGAUCCGAAGCGGAAGAGGGCGGACUUCAAGGAUAAGAGGAAUGUUGAUAGUGGUGUGUGGAUGGGGAGUGAUGAGUCUGGUGCUGAGUCGCUUUUGGCGUCGGAGGAUGGCUCGACGUGGGGGGAAGACUUGCGCAAGUCUGUACUUGAUCCUAGAAAAUCUGGAAGUUCUACGCCUUUUAUUGAGGAGAACACACCUGCUCCGACUCGUGUUGCGUUUAGAAAUCCUGAAGAGUCUGAUGCUCAUCGGUUUGCGCGGGAGGUUGUCAGUGAUUGUCUUGAUAAGGGACAUGAGAGCAUUGAUCUGGGCGACUUCCAUCUCAGAACUAUCCCAUCCGGUCUUCUACGACCUCUACAGCAUCUAACGAAGCUUCCUUCAGUCAGGGAAGCCCCGGUCUCUGAGAACGUCUUCACAUCUCUGCAGCCCUUUCUACACAUAUACCUCCCCAACAACUCCCUAUCAGACCUUCACAACGAUCUCUUCGAGCUCAGCAACAUCAAGGUCCUCAGCCUGCGAAACAACAAGUUGACCGAAAUCCCAUCUACAAUCCGCAGACUGACAGCACUGGAAGUGUUAAACCUUUCCGUCAACCAAUUGUCUUACUUUCCCUGGGAGAUCCUCAGGCUUAUGCAGCAAGGCGAAUUGAAACACUUGACCGUACGCCCAAAUCCAUUCAUCCCAAUUGAAGAAGCGCAGAUCGCAGAAUGGCACUACAACCCGAACAAUGAAAAAGAAACAGAGAACGAUGAAACAGAAAAUGACGAAGAUUCAUCUCCUCCACUCCAAUUCCAAGAGCAGGAAUCUUCUCCCAACGAGGGCUGGGCCCCUCUCCACGUCGCAACAGGUCCAAUCACCUACAUGGACAUGGAGGGAAAUCCCAUUGAAGAUAGCUCAUCCGGCAAAAGAGGUACCCUCACACCGUCAGUACUGACAUCUGUAAAUAAUGCCCCGUCCCUGCGCGAAGUCGCCCUCCGCGCUGUGAGCAAACUUCCCUACCUCGAGCAAACCACCGACGAAGAGCUAUCCGAGUAUCCGGCUCUGAUCGUGCCCUUGCUACAACAAGCGAGGGAAGUGCGCAUUGCAGGUGGACAGCUCUGCUCCGUAUGUCAGCGAGAGUAUGUGAUCCCCCGCACUGAAUGGAUGGAGUGGUGGGACUUUACCCCGUGCCUAGGCCUCUCACUGGCCCGCGCCGUCCAGUCCAACGGCCACAAAGUAAUCGCAACCUCCCGCCAACCCUCCCGCACCCCAGAACUAGUAUCAGAGAUAACCCAAAACGGCGGCGAAUGGCACACGCUAGACGUUGACAACGCAACCGCAGCUGCCGAGCUACUCUCCACGCUCGAGUCCGCAGGACACAAGAUCGACGUACUGGUCAAUAAUGCCGGAUACGCGAUCCUGGGUGCUGUAGAGCAGUUCUCGGACGAGGAGGUGCGGGCGCAGAUGGAGACGGUGUAUUUCGGACCGAGUCGGUUGAUCAGGGCUAUUGUGCCUGGGAUGCGUGAGAGACGGUUUGGUAUUGUUGUUAAUGUUAGUUCUGGGGCUGGGUUGGAGGGGAGAGAGAGGAUGGGUGCUUAUGCGGCGGCGAAGGCUGCUAUGGAUGGUUUGUGUAAAGUGCUUGCUAAAGAAGUCGCGCCAUUCAAUGUCCGUUUUUUGACGGUGUGGUUGGGUGUGUUUAAUACGCAGUUUGGGGCUGGUUGUCGUUCUCCUGUUAAUCCUUUGCCGGUGGAUUAUGUUGACUCCGUGGCUACGAAGAUGAUGGACGCUAUACAGAGUGGGAAGUUUGUGGCUGAUGGUGACAAGGAUAAGGCUGCCAAGGCGAUUUAUGAAGUUGUUGUUGGGGAGGGUGUUGGUGUUGGACGUGAGAAUGAGGAGUUCUUGCCUUUAGGUCGGGAUAUGAUUCCUCGUAUUGAAUUGGUGCGUGAUCGAUUGGUCCAUACACUUGAUGUGUUUGGGGAUAUUGCUGGGAAUGUUUAUGUUGAGAAAGAAUGA